AUUUUUUUCGCGAAAGGUCGUGUUUACUUGAGAGAAUUUAAAAUGUAUUGGUGCGGAGAAAUGGCUUGUGAUCGCCGUGAGGAAAAUAGGAAGUCCGGAGUAGGGCGCAUCUCGGCGUGUGCAGGCUAGUGGAGUGCGCCCAGCUGAGCCAGUUCGGUUCCGACCGGCGACUCGCUUGUACGUAUCGCGCGCUCGCUCGCCCGACAGCCGCGCACGCGCGCUCGCGACCACAAACACGUCAAAAAAUAUUUCUCGCCACCCACCGUUGAAUAAAGUGACAGUGACGUUUGGGGGGCAGCACGGUGACAAUAACACGCGUUCGUAUGUAAUUAUUGUGAAAAAUUUUCAGUGUUGAAUACGGUGUAACGAUUUAUCUGUGUCCCAUUGUGGUGUUGUGAACGUUCUGUAUGAUGGAGUGGUGCCCGGCCGGGUAGGUGUCAUGAUGCGCAAAACGGGUGCCGGCGCGACCGGCGGGACAGAGUUCACGUUGAACGCCUCGGACUGCAUCAGUCUACAGCAGAUCCUGGAGGCGUUCAACUCGACCAUCAGUGAGGAGCACGCGUGGGCCCUGUUCUACCAGGCGGCACGCUGCUUCCAGCGCUGUUACGCUGAUGGGAACACCUGUUACUUGGUCACUGAGCCGAGGCAUGUGCUGCUGCACAAGGAUGGCACCGUCCAUCCCAGCACCCUGCUACAUCCAGGAGAUGACAGCAGUAGAGAGGAGGUUACGUCUGAACAACAGUUGGUGGUGAACCUGGCCCUGGUGAUCUACCACGCGUUGGAUUACACACAUUCCGAAGACGAGGAGCGGCUGAUAUCACCAGACCUCGAGGGGCUCAUCACCGAGAUGACGGCUUGCGAGGGUUUGGAGGACGAUGAGGAGUGCGGCGCGUUGUCAGAGGGCUCGGAGACGUCGGAGGGCGGUCGCGCCGACACCGACGACGAGGGAAUCGAGCGGGACUCCGAACCGGCGCCGCGCCGUCGCAGGAAACAGAGGAGGUUCAUGCUGAAGGAUGUUGUUGAGCGUUGCGUGUGGCACUGUGGCGGCGGCGGCCGCUGCGCCCGCGACGCGGCGGCUGCGCAUUACCGCGCUGUCUGCCGGGCUCUGGUCGCAGAAGCCCUCGAGCUGGCCUCCUUCCUCGCCAGGGUGAGGGUCGGAGGGGCUCGGGACAUGGGCGCCGCCGAGGACUCCGCCACCCACCUCGACACGCUGCAGUUUUCAGACUGGGCGCGGUUUUGGAUGCAAGUAAUAGGCGAAUUGAGAAUGGGUGUUAAAUUGAAGAAGGUGAACUAUUCAAGGACGCCAAUAGAGUAUGAACUAACGCCAUAUGAGAUCCUGAUGGACGAUAUCAGGUCAAGGAGGUACACAUUAAGGAAAGUGGAUGGGGCGAUACCCCAGAGUGUAAAGAAGGAUGCACAUGCAAUGAUUCUCGAAUUUAUAAGGAGCAGGCCACCACUAAAAAAGGCUUCAGAACGCAAGCUACCACCGCCCAGGCGAGAGGUGACCCCACGGGAACAACUGCUCGCCUCUAUACAAGUCGGCAGGCAGCUGCGGCCGACGCCAUACUCAAAACGAUUGUCUACGAGUGGCGCGGGCAGUGGGCCGGGUGGUGGCGAACUGCGGCGGAGUGGUGACGUCACGCCACACGCCCAGCCCCAACGGAGGCUCAUCAAAGUCGAUUUCGAUAAUCUUGAGGAUGACGAAGACGAGGAUGACACGGAGACGUGUACAAGUCCUGAAGUUUGCGCGCCCCAGCCCUUCCCCAGGCACACGGCCCCCAUACAGCAAACUCCUAAACCUUGGAAGAGAACCGAGGCCGCUGAGCCGCCGCGCGCGCCGCCACGCACGCGCAUUACCCACGACGAGUACCAUCAGUUCUGCGACGAGACACUCGAAUCAUACGACCUGGCGACGCAGUGUCCGUCGCGGCGCGCGUCCAUGCGCCGCCACACGGUCACACAUCCGGCCUGCCCACCUACCGACGGCGCGCACUCUCUGCCGCAUUCCAGGCCCGGUUCUCGAGCGUCAUGCGCCGGCGCAGCGUCCCUCGCCAGCAGCGAUGCGGACGUACAGCUCGGCGAGCUGUCAUGGUCGCGAUCGUCUCUGCAGGAUGAACUGAUCAAGUCGGUUAGUGGCAGCCCUACACGUAGUCCGCAUAAACAGUGGCAAGAUGCUAUAAUGUCGGACGACCGGCUAUCCCUGACGCUGGAGGAGAUCGUGCACAUCAGGUCUGUGUUGACCAAGGCCGAGUUGGAAGUGUUGCCUGUGGAGGGCAGGGUCAAAGAGGACGUUGAGAAGAGAAGGGUAUGCUUCCUGUGUUUGAAGACACGGUUUGGCAUUUUCGGCCCGUGGGGGCAGAAAUGCAAACUGUGCAAAAAGACUGUUUGUCAAAAGUGUUGUUCUAAGAUGCGUAUACCAACGGAGCACUUCGCGCACGUGCCGGUGGUGCUGCUGAGCCCGUCGCUGCUGCCCUCGCCGGAGGACGAGGCGCACUCCUCCUUCCCGAGGAGUCUCAUGUCGAGGCUCGUGUCGCCUGAGCAUACGAGUAUGAUAGAGAACAGCGUGGGCAGCGCGCCGAGCAGCCCGGCGGCGGCGCGGCGCGCGGGGGGCGCGGGGUGUGCGGGCGCGGGGGGCGCGGGCGGCGCGGCGCACAGCGCGCCCGGCUCGCGCGGCGGCUCGGCGCUCGGCUUCAGCGACGCGCUGUCCGUGCCGCCCGCCGCCAUGUCGCGCAGCAUCGACGGCGCGCACCACGUCUCCAGCACGCCUACCACCAUCGACCGCAGGGCUCGAUACACCCGCAGCACGACGGCGGCGGCGGCGGCGGAGCGGCUGCGCGGCGUGCAGAUGGCGGUGUGCCACGACUGCAAGGCGAUGGUGCUGCAGAUCAUCAAGUCUUCGCGCGCGUCGCGCUCCGCGUCCCGCGACCGCGCGCUGCGACACCUCACGCUCGACCUCGCGCCCGUCUACACCGCCGACUGCUAGACAUCGCAGUUACAACAGUCUACGCGGUCGAAAAAACUUCAAAUUAAAUAUACUUAUAUUAGUUUAUAUUUAUUCGCCGAAAUUGUAGUUUAUUUUGGACGAAGAAAAAUAAAUUCGAACUUAUCUGUGUAUGAUUUGAAGUUUUUGCUGACCGUACGUCACGGCUACACGUUGUCAACUCAUCGCAGUUGGAAUAGUAACUUAAUCGGAUUUGAGUUACUGUUCCACUGUGACACAACAUAGAGGGCUCGAAUCGCAUCGACGGCGUAAAGUACCUGCAAUCGAUAUCGAUAUGUCGAUAAUCGAUAUUAUUGUAUUACAUGGACAGUAUAUAAUCCUGAAUUAGGACGUAAUCAGUUAUCGGUGUUUUUAUGUAUCAAAAUUCGAUAUUAAAACUCCACAUCGCCAUAUCGAUAUCGAUAAUAUAACAUUAUUUGCCUAUGAAACAUAGAUCAAAUUUCCAUUUCACUUCUAUAAACUUCACUAUAAUAAAUUUGCGUACGCCGUGCAGCGCGUUUAUUGAUACGAGUUCGUCUCUAUAUUAAUUAAGCUAUUUCUUCGCUAUUGCAAAAAAAAAAAAACAUUUAUUCUAUCCAAGAGUUUCCUUAAUUAAGGUAAUUUAAAGUUAAUUCUUGCAAUCUUUACGAUAGGCGGUGGACCCCGAUAUCUUUCUUAGCCCGUGGAAAUAUGAUCUGAUGUGUAAGAUGUUCAAACAAGAGCUUCCGAGGUUGUGUAGGUCUAUGUUGUGUUUCGUUCGACCAUUAUCAUUUUAGACAAAAACUUUUGACAAUACUCUAUGACCUUUGACAGAUGAGAAAGUUUAAUUUUUAUCGCACAAACGAUGUUAUAUAAAUUUCAUUAGAUCAGUUAAUUGUAUUAAAAUUAUGAAUAUAUUCAAAAAAUUUACUAAGAUGAUAUUUUGUCAAUAGAUUUAUAUUUUUCCCGAAUGUUGAAUUUUAAUAUACAAUAUGAAUGUGAAAUUGAUAUCUGUGUUCAAUAUUAUGUAGACUAUGAAUGAUGUUAAAAUGUGUAAAUGUUUAUUGAUUCACUGUAUUCUAUUUAACUGUAAUUGAACAGGAAGCAAGCCCUAGUUUCCCCCUGACUAUAACUUUACGACUUCGGCUGGAGGCGUUUAUAGAAUUUAUUUGGAUUUUUUGCUAUCGAUAAUGUUAGAAAUAUUAAGAGAAGUAAUUUUGUAUCACUUAUUUUAGUUUACAUUGGGAUAAAUUUAUUUGGAUGGGUGUCUUGAAGAGUCUCGUAGUUUUCGAUAUUCAAUAAGAAUCUUUGUGAUCAGGAGUAUAUGACUGUUAUAUAUAUAUUUUUGUAAAUGGCGACUCCACUGUUUUAGAAAUUUUAUCUCAACGUAGGUAACACUGGCGUUAUAAUUAAAUAAUGAAAUAUUUGUAGUCAAUGUGAUUUUAUUUAUAGGAGAAGAAUAUCUAAAUUCAAUGAUUUUAUUAGGUCAAUGAAAUUAUAAAUAAAAUGUGUUUUUUUUUCUGUACAUAUUUAGUAUAAUUUUUUCAUUUGUAAGUAUCUUAUAGGACAUAAAUUUAUUACUGUAGGUAUGUAUCUGUUACUAACUUAUAAAAGAACAGUGGAGUAGGCUAUUAUUUUAUAAAUUGGGGUCGAUGCGUAAACGAAUGUAAGUGUCAAAACUCAAAUCAUUAGCCGUUAAGUUUGUAAAGGUUAUAUUAAAAUAUUGUACAUUGUAUAAAUUUCGAUAGGCGUAUUGAUAUUUUAAAAUUAUUUACAUAAUAUUUAUAAAUCAUUUGGCGAGUAAUAUAACACUUACACCAGUUUACGUCGAACACAUCAAGUUGCAAAAUAAAAAAUCCAAAUAAAUUCUAUUAUUGCUGAAAGCUAAAAAUGAAUGAUUUUAUAUACAACAAAUGACAUUCUGAGCCAUUUAAUAUCAAAUUAAGUUUGUCUGUGCCAUAACUGAGAAAAUGGAAAUCAUUCAGUUUUAUUGAUGACUGUGCACUUAACGCAGUGUAGUCGGUCGCGUGUACCACAGAAUUUGUGUCUUAAUAACUCUAGACGUGCCUACAUAUAAGUAAAGAACAAAAUGUAGAUAAGUUACUAUUUAUUUCCUUAAGUUUUGUUAUCUAUAUGCAAAAAUAUACAAAAAAAUAUUCCUCAUAGUCGGUUACAUUCGUUUAUGACUCGUGUAGAAUAUCCGACUGUGUGUAACCGAUUACAAGUCUGAUUGUUUUGCGUAUGUUUGAAAAUGCUUCCUUCAUCAUUUUAGGUAACUAAAUUAUUUUGCCAAAUAUAUAUAAUCAUUGUUUUCCUUGUAAAUAUAGAAACAUUUAGAGUCAUCCAUGCGAUUUACUUAAACUUAUUUAGCGUUAGUUUUCGAUGUUCAUAAAAGUAAUCGUUUAUUGUAAAAAAAUACUUAAAUCGUUUUAUAAACUGGGUUAUUCCUGUGUAAUUUUUAUGUCCCUCCGUUAGUUAAUAUAUUUUUAAGCUUACUUUCAAUGCUUUAAAGAUGGUUUCAUGUAAUAAAGACAAUAUUUUUUGAUAACUGUAUUUCAGAAAUUUAAACGAAAACAGGCCUAAUUUAAUUUCGUAAUAUUUUGUUUUUGGUUUGUAUUCGAUUAUAAUUUUAUUUCGCAAAAUUGGUAAUGUUAUUGGAAGUUAAAUUUUGUAAACAAUGAUUUGAUUUUGAAAUUUGUUAAUUCGGAUUCCCAGUUGCAAAUUCUUGUAAAUGUGUGUAAAUUUGUAGUCUAUAUUAGAUGUUACGUAGAAUGUAACUGUCUAAAACAUACUUAAAGAAAUUUAAAAAUGAUAACGAUAAAUUAAAAUAAUUACAAAUCGUUCAAA